GGGCUGUCGCUGCCCGCCGCGCUCAGUGCGGGGCGCGCAGGGAUCGUGCGGAGCCGCCUCGGUUCACUGGACACUCGAGCGCCCCCCGCCUUGCGAUUGAAACCUCAGUUCGUUUUCCCCCAGAAACAGCGGGAGCGCAGCGGCAGCCCCCGGGCAGUCACUGGCCUCUGGGCGCUGUGUAAGGUCGGCGCGGCGUCCAGCGCCUCGCAGAGCCAGCAGGGAGACUGGAGGGAGCUGUGUCUCACCACGGGCAGAGCGGGAGUAGAAAUGCCACGGGGAAAGCCAUGCUUUUCCCUUCUCAGGGCUGUGAGCAAAGCCAGAGCUCAACGCUGAGAGUGGAGUGAGGGGACGGAGUUGGUGGCCCCGCCACUUCGGCAGGCCCGUUUUGCCGUGCAGUGUGCCCGUGGCCGGGCGAGCGUGUGCGAGGCGGGCGCGCCGCGACCCGCGGGAGGAUGAGCCGCGGUGUGGGGUGUGAUUCUGGGGACCGUGACUCCUUUUCUCCCGCUUAUUGCGGUAAAACAUGCUGAGGAGACCUGUGGCGGUGUGAAGCAAAAACUAUGGCACAGCUGAUCGGAAGGCGAAGCCUGGCUUGUUUUCUGCUUUUGUUUACUGGCUGUCAUGACUUACAAGGUGGAAACGCGAACAGCCAGCCCUGCUUCUCGGGACACAGGAAUGUGGUGAAGAUGCCUCCGAGAGGCAGAGACCGGGCUUUAUCCUCAGAAGCGUCCUUUUGCCUGUGGGCUCCGUUCAUUCACUAAACGCAAGGGCUGGGCAAGCUGUGUGACAGUGAGAAAGGCGGGAACUUCGCCAUGGGGUACGACAGAAGCUGGGUGCUGAUGAAUGAAAGCGACCAUGGCCCGUCGCCGGCGGUCAGCAGAGCUCUGGAGAUGGGGAACGCCUCGGCCGCGCGGAUGGUGUGGCAGGGCGGGAAUGCCAGCGAGGCGGGCGCCGCGGAGAGCGAGGAGCACGGCGAGGAGCAGAGCUACCGGCACUUCACCACCACCGUGCAGGUUGUCAUCUUCGUGGGCUCUCUGCUGGGUAACAUCAUGGUGCUGUGGUCAACUUGCAGAACAUCGCUACUUAAAUCUGUAACCAACCGGUUCAUUAAGAAUUUGGCCUGCUCGGGGAUCUGUGCCAGCCUGGUCUGUGUGCCUUUUGACAUUGCUCUUAGUGCCAGUCCACACUGCUGCUGGUGGAUCUAUACGAUGCUCUUCUGCAGAAUUGCCAAGUUUCUGCACAAAGUCUUCUGCUCAGUGACCAUCCUUAGUUUUCCAGCCAUUGCUCUUGACAGAUACUACUCUGUUUUAUACCCUCUGGAAAGAAAAAUAUCUGAUGCAAAAUCCCGAGACCUGGUUAUCUAUAUCUGGGCCCAUGCAAUAGUGGCCAGCAUUCCAGUAUUUGCUGUGACCAAUGUGUCUGAUAUUUAUGCCAUGUCCACUUGCUCUGAAUCUUGGAGUUACUCCCUUGGCCACCUGAUAUAUGUUGUCAUCUACAAUAUCACCACUGUGAUUGUACCGGUGGCUGUGGUAUUUCUCUUUAUGAUUCUUAUUCGCAGAGCGCUGAGUGCCAGCCAGAAGAGAAAAGUCAUCAUAGCUGCAUUAAGGACCCCUCAAAAUACAGUUUCUAUCCCAUAUGCCUCCCAGCGAGAAGCUGAGCUCCACAUCAUGCUGCUUUCUAUGGUUAUGAUAUUUAUCUUCUGCAGCGUUCCCUAUGUGACUUUGGUGAUUUACCGCACCAUACUCAAUAUUUCAGAUAUUUCAGUCUUCUUGCUCCUCACCGCUAUUUGGUUGCCCAAGGUCUCUUUGCUGGCCAACCCUUUGUUAUUUUUAACUGUUAACAAAUCAGUACGGAAGUGCUUAGUGGGGACAGUAGUACAGCUGCACCAAAGGUUUAGCAGGAGAAACAUUGUCAGCUCUGGUGGUAUUGCAGACGAUAACCUGGAGCCCAGUGUCCAUUCGGGAAGCCAGCUUCUGGAGAUGUUUCAUAUCGGGCAACAACAAAUCUUCAAGCCCAUGGAAGAUGAGGAGAAUGAGACCAAAUCCAUUGGCUCUGGUGACUUUCAACGGAAAGAAAUUCCUACCACUGGUUUAGAGCUAGGACAGACUUCGGUUCACAGGUUUAUACCACGGACAAUUGCAGACUCUGCAGCUCAGGUGGCCCCAGCUGUGCCCACAGAAGCUGAUACAGUAAAUGAUAAGUAUGCCAUGCAGUUUGGUUUUGGACCCUUUGAGCUGCCUCCACAGUGGCUCUCAGAAAACCGAAACAAUAAGAAGCGACUCCUGCCUCCUUUGGGGAAUACCCCUGAAGAGCUAAUCCAGACAAAACAGCCUAAGUGUAAAACAGAAAGAAAAGCCAGCAGAAACAAUAAAGUCAGUAUCUUUCCCAAGGUGGAUUCUUAGUAAGAGCAGGAGCUUUAAGUGACAGAGGAAGGUCACUUUCUAUUACAUGUUUGAUCCCAUGGAUCUUUAUUAUGUUGAAGUUUGUUAUGGCCUGAUGGGUUUUUUUUUUUUGCCAAAUAUAAGUUAAAUGAACAAACAAAAGGAAAACAUAUAUACAAAUGUUCCUUAUUAAUAUGAAAUACUUAAUGAAAAUAUAUCAAAUUAUAUAUGGAAAUUUGUAGUUUGAUCUCUGAAAUCCUUACAAUGAUACCUUGUUACUAACUGUCAGAAGUACAUAUGAAUUUGGGAACUCUUUUUAUGGCUGAAUUAUGGAAAUGUGGCAGUUGGUUUUCUGGGAAAUGUUAUGUUGUAUUACAAUGGACUGGGCAUCAAAGUAAUUUAAGAGGAAAGGCUGUAAAGAGCAGAAGACAUGCAGCAUGGUAAGUCCUAUUCUCCGCAGACACAGCAAGAUUCUGCACAUUUCACUAAUGAAGCUGGAUGGACUAUUAGGUGCAUUUGUUUUGUUAUGCACAUUUAUUUGAUCACAGUUAAAACUUUCUUGCACAAAUUAGUUACCAAGCAUCUGCCUAACAUCUAAAAUAGUUUAAAUCCUACACCACUGUUUUUUGGCUUAAAACAUUGAGAAAGCCAAGAAUCCCAUAAUCAUAAUGCAUGUUAAACCUGAGAAAGACCUCUUUUUAUAAAUAUUCCACAUAUAUUCCUGUAGUUUUAAGUAAAAGCUGGAUUGGAGACCAUGCAAGACAAAUCCUGACUCCAAUAAAUAUGUAUGUGUUAAGAAUCCUGUGAUAAAGGGCAUAUACAAAAGUCCUUACAGUGUCAUGUAUGUAUUAAGUAACUAAGGGGUAAACCUUGAAAUAAACUUAGCUGCUGGUGCACUCUGCUGUUCUGUUAUGGAAAAGCUAGCAAA